CCGCCCCUUUCUUUCUGUCUUCCUUCCUUUCUUCCUUUUUCUUUCUUUCUUCUUUCCUCCGAAGGCAGCUUCUCCUCGAGUCCGGGAGCGGAGGGAAGGAAGACUUCCAGAAAAGAAACUUUUCCCGGUCCUGGUGAGGAACCAUUUUCUUUGGAGUCGUGAAUCUACUUUUGGAUAUUAAAUGCACCAGAAGGUCAAGACUCCGAAAACCCCACAAAAGAGCCCAGGAUGUACUGGUGCGUGGGAACGGAGGACUCCGGCACUGAUGGCGAGAGCAACAUGGCAACUCCAGAAGAGACCGCAGGCAUGGGCGGCAGGCAAUCCUCAGCCGGCGAUCUCUCCGCGGAUCAGUGUCCCAUAACAGACGCCAUUCAGAAUGCCUACAGAGGUGGAGAAUUUGGGAAGGCCCAAGAGUUGGUUAAAACAGCCUGCCAAGAAAACAUCUCACACAUCGAAAAGGGCCACCUCCUAAGCCUUUCGUCCGCCUUUGGGGACCUGGAGAUGGUGAAGUAUUUGCUGAAAGAGGGACAUGUCGUGGUGCCCCUUGAACCCAACGAUGACCACCCUGCAGUGAUGGCAGCCUAUUUUGGCCACAAGGAUGUUGCCCAAGAGCUUCUUGAUUCUCUCCUUGGUUCUUCCAACAUCUUGCAGCUUCUGAACUGGAUGCUCGCCAUUGCCUGCCAGCGGGGCCACCUGGAGAUAGUCAAGCUGCUGGUCCUGACGUACAAAGCAGACCCUGACAGCUGUGCCGUGCGGAAGAAUGAAUUCCCUGCUCUUAUCCGAUUGCCUUUGUAUGCAGCCAUAAAAGCAGGAUAUGAGGACGUUGCUGCCUUCUUGCUUGAGAACGGGUCCUUCUUUUGCUCCUACAUCCUGAUGGACUGCCCUGCUGCAAGCAAACGCCUCCUUCGGCAAUAUUUUGUUGAAACGACAGCCUCAUCCAGGAGUGCUCCUGCAAAAACAGCUCUCCUUGUGAACUGGUCGCGCCUGAGGCUCCCUUGGGUGGACCUCAACUGGCUGAUGGACGUCUCCCAGCAGGUGACCGAGCUGCACCUCUCCGCCAACCGCCUGGCCUCGCUGCCCUCCGCUCUCCCUUGGGGGCUGGUCAACCUCCAGAAACUGAGCCUCAAUGAGAACCGGUUGUGUGAGCUGCCUGGCGUACACUCUUCGGAUGAAAUCAUGUGCACAAAAUUACUUGAGGUCGACAUAUCCAACAACAGGUUCCUCAGCCUCCCUUCGGGCUUCUUGCACCUCUGCAGACUCCAAAGGCUUCUGGCUGCCAAGAAUUAUUUGGAGACGUUAUUUGAUGAAGAGUAUGGCAUCAACUGGAUUGGGUUGAGGAAGCUGCAGGAGCUGGAUGUCUCAGACAACAGGUUGUCGGAGUUACCGGAUCCAUUUCUUCACUGCCUGAAAUCGCUGAACGUCCUUAAUGUCUCUAGGAAUAAACUGAAGGUGUUUCCUCAGCCAUGGGCCUGUCCCUUAAAAUGUUGCAAGGCAGCUCAAAACGCAUUGGAAUCCCUCCCUGACACACUGGCCGUGUUUUGGAAAAAUCACCUGAAGGAAGUCGAUUUUUCCGACAAUGCUCUGAAGGACGUCCCUCAGUGCCUUUUCCAGCUGGAGGCUUUGGCCUUCUUGAAGCUCUCAGGAAACCAGAUCCUCACAUUGCCUUCCCAAGAGAAGUGGACUUGCCGGCGACUGAAGUCCUUGGACCUCUCCAAGAACCAGCUUGGAAAAAUGGACGAUGGAGUCAAAAUGAAGCGGAUUUCUUUCUUCAGUACAAGGAACCGAGGGCGUUCUGGCACCGAAACCGGUUCCGCCUUGGAGUUUCCCGAAUUCUUGGCUGAGACUCUCGAAGUUCUCUAUCUGAACGACAACCAGCUGGACUCCGUCCCACAGUCGGUCUGCUUUCUCAAAGGGUUGACGGAGCUUUAUUUGGGAAACAAUGCAGGCAUUCACGAGCUUCCUCCCGAACUUGGGCAACUGGCUAAUCUCUGGCAGCUGGAUCUGGAGGAGCUGAAUAUUGGCAACCUUCCCGCUGAAAUCAGGAAAGAGAGUCCCAAAGCCAUCUUAGCCUACCUUCGAGCGCAGCUGCGCAAAGCGGAGAAAUGCAACCUGAUGAAGGUGAUCGUCGUGGGGCCCCCGCGGCAAGGGAAAUCCACCCUGAUAGAGGUACUGCAGACAGGGAAGGCUUCCCCGGCCAUGCCCAAUGAUGCCACCAUCCGGACCUCCAAGUGGGAGCUGCAGAAACCCUCUGGGUUCAAGGCAAAGAUGGAUUCGGUCGUGUUUAACGCCUGGGAUAUUGGGGGUCCCGCCAGCAUGUCGACAGUCAAUCAGUGUUUCUUCACAGAUAAAGCAUUAUACGUUGUCGUCUGGAACUUGGCAUUGGGGGAGGAAGCAGUGGCAAAUCUUCAGUUCUGGUUACUGAAUAUUGAGGCCAAAGCACCAAAUUCGGUUGUGUUGGUGGUGGGAACUCACCUUGACUUGAUUGAAACCAAAUUCCGCGUUGAAAGGAUCGCCACCCUGAGAGCCUAUGUCCUGGCUGUUUGCCGAUCCCCAUCCGGCUCGAGAGCAACCGGCUUCCCAGAUAUCACAAUGAAACACUUACACGAAAUCUCAUGUAAGACGCUCGAAGGCCUGGAAGGUCUGCGGCAUCUGAUCUAUCACAUCACCAUCAACAUGAAGGACAUUGGGAGUUCGAUUGGCUCACAAAAGCUUGUUGGGAGAUUGAUACCAAGGAGUUACUUGAGUUUCCAAGCGGCCGUCAUAGCUGAACAACAGAGUAGAAGCCAAAGUGACGAUGUACAAUACCUAACAGACAAGGAAAUAGAGCAAAUCAUAGAGAAAAACCCUGGCAAUGACAUCAAGGACUAUGAGGAUUUGCAAUCUGCCAUCAAUUUCCUGAUUGAAACGGGCACGCUGCUGCACUUCCCAGACACCAGCCACGGGCUCCGGAACCUCUAUUUCCUCGACCCGGUUUGGUUGUCGGAAUGCCUGCAGCGCAUCUUCAACAUCAAGAGCUCCAAGUCGGUUGCGAAGAACGGGGUGAUCAGAGCCGAGGACCUGCGGAUGCUCCUGGUGGGGACAGGGUUCACCCAACAGAGCGAAGAGCAGUACUUCCAGUUCCUGGCCAAGUUUGAAAUUGCGCUGCCGGUAGCCAACAACAGUUACCUUCUGCCCCACCUGCUUCCUGCCAAACCGGCCCUUGAUGUCCAUGGCUUGCGUCACCAGACCACAAACACCAUCCAAAGGGUGUUCAAGAUGAGUUUCGUCCCUGUUGGCUUUUGGCAGAGAUUUAUCGCCCGGAUGCUCAUCAGUCUUGCAGAGAUGGACCUGCAGUUCCUUGAAAACAAGAAGAACACCAAGAGUAGGAACAAGAGAGCGGCUAUCUACAGCUUUGCCGGCACUCAGCGAAACAGAUGCAGCACUUUCCGGGUUAAAAGAAAUCACACCAUUUACUGGCAAGAAGGGCUGUUUGUCACUUUCGAUGGAGGUUACUUGAGCGUGGAGUCUUCUGAUGUAAACUGGAAGAAGAAGAAAAGUGGUGGAAUCAAGAUUAUUUGCCAGUCGGAAGCCAGGGAUUUUUCAGCAAUGGCUUUUAUUACCGAUCAUGUCAAUUCCCUCAUAGAUCAGUGGUUUCCUGCCCUGACGGCCACUGAAAGUGACGGGAGUUUGCUGAUGGAGCAGUACGUCCCUUGCCCGGUUUGUUCAACCCCUAAAACCAAAGACGGGAAAGGCAGUCUGGAAAUGGAAGGCGUGCAGUACUUCAACAUGGAGGAUUGCGUUCUGGCCGCCAUCGAAUCGGACACCAUUGUUUGCGAUCGCCACCCAGAUAUACCGGUGCCUUUGCAGGAGUUGGUUCCCGAGCUUUUCAUGACCGAUUUCCCGGCCAGGUUAUUUUUGGAAAACAGCAGACUGGAAUACACUGAAAAUGAAAGCAAUGUUCUCGGCCAGGGAGGAAGCGGAACCGUUAUAUACCAGGCACAGUACCAAGGCAAACUGGUGGCGGUGAAGCGGUUUCAGAUUAAAAAAUGCCAGAGUUCUGCCUGCUCCGCUACAGACACGAUGCUGAGGCACCUGCGAGCCAUGGAUGCCAUGAAGACCUUCUCCGAGUUCCGCCAGGAAGCCUGCAUGCUCCACUCCCUUCAGCAUCCGUGCAUCGUCUCCUUGGUCGGGAUCAGCAUCCACCCGCUCUGCUUGGCCUUAGAGCUGGCCCCGUUGGGCAGCCUCACCACGGUGCUUGCCGAAAAUGCCAAAGGAGCAUCUUUUGUGCCGCUAGGGCGCAUGUUGACCCUGAAAGCGGCAUACCAGAUUGCAGCUGGCCUGGCCUACCUCCAUAAGAAGAGCAUCAUUUUCUGUGACUUGAAGUCCGACAACAUCCUGGUGUGGUCUCUGGCGGUGGAGGAGAGCAUCAAUAUCAAACUGUCGGACUAUGGGAUUUCCCGGCAGUCCUUCCACGAAGGGGCGCUCGGCGUGGAGGGGACGCCCGGCUACCAAGCCCCGGAAAUACGGCCCCGGAUUGUCUAUGAUGAAAAGGUUGACAUGUUUUCCUAUGGCAUGGUGCUCUAUGAGCUGUUGUCUGGGCAGCGACCUGUCCUUGGGCAGCAUCAGCUCCAGAUCGCAAAGAAGCUCUCCAAGGGGAUCCGGCCUGUCCUGGGCCGUUCGGAAGAGGUCCAGUUCCACCGAAUGCAGGCCUUGAUGGUGGAGUGCUGGGACACCAAGCCCGAAAAGCGCCCACUGGCCACUGCUGUGGUAGGAAGGAUGAAAGACCCUGCCUUUGCGACCUUCCUGUACCUGCUGCCAUGUGGGGAACAGUCGUCCUUCUUCUCUUCCCAAGGAGAAGAGAACACCGUUGUGUUCUGGGAUGGGAAGGAAGACACCAGAAACUAUACUGUUGUGAAUACAGAGAAAGGACUGAUAGAAGUUGCAAAGAUGAGCUGCCCGGGAAUGAAGCUGUGCUGCCAGCUGAAAGUCCAGAGCUCCCUAUGGACAGCCACAGAGGAUCAGAAGAUUUACGUGUUUGGUUUACACGGCAUGUGUCCUCUGAAGGAUCCUCAAAAAGGUGUCGACACUCCAGCAGUUGUCACCUGUUUCCUUGCAGUACCCAUUGCAAAAAAGAACUCUUAUCUGGUGUUGGCUGGCUUGUCAGAUGGUCUCAUAGCUAUUUUCCACGAGUCGCAAGGCGUCCCGGAGGAGAGCUGUCGCUACCUGUGCUCCCACACGGCUAACCGCUCCAGGUUCCGGAUCAGUGAUGAUGACCCCCGCCAGAAUCCCUACCCUGUGAGGGUGAUGGAGACAGCGAACAACGGGACAGAAGUCUGGUACAGCAAUGGGCCCGGCCUGCUGGUCAUUGACUGUGCGGCCAUGGAGAUCACCAGGCGGCUGGAGCCCUACUGCCCUCCCUCCGUGGUUGUUUCCAUAGCGUGCAGCUCGGAGUGCAGUGGGGAGGAGGUGGCCUGGUGCCUGGACGAGGCAACCAAUUUCCUGGUGAUGUACCACACUGCCAGCUACCAGCUCUGUGCCCGCUAUUUCUGUGGGGACCAAAGCCCUUUGCGAGACAUGUUCACCCUUCAGCCGCUGCCUGACUCUAUUCCCUCCGCGUUGGCUCCGGAGAGCAGCUCUCUAGCAGGCAUGGACAUUCUGCAAAGCCAAGAGCUGGGGAUCCAAAUACUCAACCAUCAGGACUCCCUGACGGACUACUGCUCAGUGUCCUCUCACUCGUCCUUGCCGUCACCCGCCAACCAGACGGCGAGAUCCUUCUCAAGCCUGCCAAGCUCCCCCACAAGCUCUUCCGGUGUGCCUUUCUCAACAGAUGGUGAGGAACCGGACAAGACCCAGGAGCAAAAUCUUCUUCCCCUGGGGAGGCCUGGAGAGGAUUUGGCACCGACCGGUGAUGGCAUUAGUUCCCUGCAAGCCGUGAGAAUCCUCCCUGUGAAAGACCUCAUAUGGAUCCCCAGGCGAGGAGGAGAUAUCAUUGUGAUUGGCCUGGAGAAAGAAGCCACUUCUCAGCGGGGCAGAGUCAUUGCUGUGUUGAAGGCUGCGGAGCUGGCUGCCUAUGGGUCACUGGUGGACGCCGCUGUCCUGGCUAAGGAGCGUGUUGUGUGCUGCUUUCAGAACGAGGCCAAGGAGUGUUGCCUGGCUGCCUGGAGCGGCUGGGGCGCCCAAGACUUUGAUACUUUCUACCAUUCAUAUGAAGAGCUGGGGAGGCUCGAGGCCUGCAUGCGGAAGAGGAGGUAGUGCCCGGCGGAUGGGUACUUCGUAGUCACCAAAAUGGACGGAAGGCAUGCAAUAGCCACGCUGGGAUCUUGCCUGGGUGGCUCUUCUUCUGAUUUUGCUGCUAAAAGACAUUCUUCCAUUGCAUCCAUUCCUCGAACCAUGUUGUCAUCUGACUUGUGUCCUUAUUUUGGCCAAGUGCACCUGUGAAUCUGACCACCAACAUCUCUGCAAGGUCAAAGUGCCCUGUAUUGUUACACAAUGCAUGGCUUGCAUUUUCAAAAAGAAAGUCGUAACUCUGUGUUUAUGUUAGUGGUGGAUUCUACAGCAAUACGACACCGUUCUGAGCCAGGAGGUGGAAAUAGCACCUGUUCAAAGUGGUGCCGUGGUGCGGAAAGGAGAAUACAUUGCACUCCACAGUUCUGUUUGCAUCUUGGUUCUUACAACUGGGUGCAGCAAUGGAAGUAAGUACAGUAGAGUCUCACUUAUCCAAGCUAAACGGGCCGGCAGAAUCUUGGAUAAGCGAAUAUCUUGGAUAUUAUUAUUAUCAAAUCCCGGGAGCGGAAUGAGCGCCUGCUGUUAGCCCUAGCUCCUGCCAACCUAGCAGUUCAAAAACAUGCAAAUGUGAGUAGAUCAAUAGGUACCGCUCCGGCGGGAAGGUAAUGGCGUUCCAUGCAGUCAUGCCGGUCACAUGACCUUGAAGAUGUCUAUGGACAACGCUGGCUCUUCAGCUUAGAAAUGGAGAUGAGAACCAACCCCCAGAGUCGGUCACGACUGGACUUAAUGUCAGGGGAAAACCUUUACCUUUACCUAUAUUUGCAUAUACAGUAGAGUCUCACUUAUCCAACAUAAACGGGCCGGCAGAAUGUUGGAUAAGCGAAUAUCUUGGAUAAUAAGGAGGGAUUAAGGAAAAGCCUAUUAAACAUCAAAUUAGGUUAUGAUUUUACAAAUUAAGCACCAAAACAUCAUGUUAUACAACAAAUUUGACAGAAAAAGUAGUUCAAUACGCAGUAAUGUUAUGUUGUAAUUACUGUAUUUACGAAUUUAGCACCAAAAUAUCAUGAUAUAUUGAAAACAUUGACUACAAAAAUGGCUUGGAUUAUCCAGAAGCUUGGAUAAGUGAGACUCUACUGUAAGUAACUUUAUUUUUCUACCCCACCACUAUCUCCCCGCAGGGACUCAGGGCAGCUAACACGGGUCAACGGCCCAAAAACAGUAAACAAGUGCAACAGUUAAAACAUAUUAUAAUGAAUAAAACACAGUAAAAACACA